CUGUUUUAAUUUGCGACAUAACGAAACGACGUACGGCUGUGUCCAGCUCUGUUCAGUUCGUGGACGAAGAAGUACUCUUAUUGUCCAUACAUUGUGUUGUCGCAGGAGUGUGAAAGGCCACCUGGUUUCUGACAUGGCCAACCCUUUCAGGGGUCAGGUUAUCAAACUUUACAGAACUCUGCUGUAUCUUGGCCGUGACUACCCCCAGGGAUCAGCUUAUUUCAAAGAGCGCCUGAAGUUCGCUUUCAUGAAGAAUAAAGACGUGACAGACCCUGAUAAGAUCCAAAAGCUGGUAGCCCGUGGCAACUCUCUCAUCAAGGAACUGGAAGCUAUGUGUUUCCUCAGGAAAUAUGAAGUCAUGAAGAAGAAGUAUUGCCAAACAAAAAAAUAAUCAUUAUCCUUCAGGGUGGGAGGAGAGUACAGUCAAUGUGUUAAUAUUUAAUGUAUCAUAUUUUGUAGCAGUGUUAUUUUCACAUACGUACCUCUAUUAAUGAGAUUCAGUACACAUUAUUCUGCAGAAAUGACCCAACAAUUGCCCUUGCAUAAAAAUGAACUAUGCUUGUGUCAUAAGGGAAAUAGACGAUCCAUCUGUAGGAAGUGCCAGAAAGUAAUAAUAAUGAAGCUGUAACAGAAUGUGCUCUAUAUUUUUUUAUACCGAAGUUGUACCUUUUUAAAGGCCUGUGUUUUAAAUCAAUACUGUAUAUAUGUUAAUAUCAUAGGUUUUCCUCUAAAAAAGUUCUAAACUCAGGAAGCCUAGGUAUUAGACUAACUGAAUCAUAUUGUACAAUGUAUUUUCAGUGUAUAUAUUUGUAGAAGGUGCAUGACUAUGUAUGAAUGCACUAUUAGGUAGAAAACAAACAGAGAUGCCUUGUAUAAUAAAUAAGUCACAGCAGUGUUCUUCCUCCGUU